AUCUGAAGGAAACUUGUUUCAUCUGGCAGCUAGUGGUUUGAAGAGCUUAAACUAGAUGUAAGUUAGUGUACACAACAGUGUCCCACUCUCACGCAGUAGGGCUCCUGCAGCUUCACAUACCAAGCCAAGUGGCAGGUCAGUAGCAAGCCAGUGUGUGUGACAUCUGGUCUACAUGUUGUCCUGCAACCAGUUCAACACAGCACCUCUUCUGAGGAUGAUAUUCCUUCACACACUCUCAGCAAUGCUCCAGCACGGCCAGGGAGCUGCCCUGAGACUCCGACAGCGGUACCGCCUCCGCUGCCCGAGACCUGUCCGAAGGGAGGGCCAGGAGCCACCUGCACAGCCCUGGCACCGCUCUGGCUUUGCCAUCGGAGACCGGACCGCGCUCACACAUUGGUUACACGUUCUUUCCUCAUGGUACGGUGCAGUCCUUCGCAAUAAGGCUUCGACCCCACGAUACGGUAUAUAGUGGGCACGGUGUUACUCGGUCGAAGGUUGGACUUGAUCAUCUCGAAAGGAUUUUUCAACUUUAAUGAUUCGACGAUUUUUGUAUUUUCUCGUUGGAGCGUGACCUGAUGCGGCGAGGAACGCGCCGUGGGGGCACAGCGCGGUGUGAGAGGUGCCACUGCCGGCAGGGCCCCAGGACAGUGUGAGAGGUGCCACUGCUGGCACGGCCUCAGGACAGUGUGAGAGGUGCCACUGCCGGCAGGUCCCCAGGGGAGUGUGAGAGGUGCCACUGCCGGCAGGGCCUCAGGACAGUGUGAGAGGUGUCACUGCCGGCACGGCCUCACGGGGGUGUGAGAGGUGCUACUGCCGGCACGGCCUGGGCCGGCAGAGCAGCACCCAGUACCACCUGGCGUGACGGAGGCGCGGCCGUGCCUAGCGGUAUCCGCCCCGAGGGCCCUUCACCCAGCUAUAUAUUUAUGUAUAUUUUAUUUAUUUAUGUUUAUGUUUGUUUAUUACUCGUCUAUUUCUUCGUCGCCUCUCCCGGGUCCCGUCAGUGCCCCACACCCGGCCCGGCACCCCUUGCCCCCCUUGCCAGCGCGGCUGCGCCGGGGCCAGCCGCAGCCCCGCGCCGGUUCCUGCGCCGCGGAGUUUCCGCCGCCGUGUCCUCCGCUCCCCCCGCGCCGCGCCCCGGCCGCCAGGCGCGUUUUCACGAGCCGCCCAUGAGCAGCAUGGCGGCGGCGGCGGCAGCGGCGGCCCCUCCUGCUGCCCGCGGUCUGUAGGUGGCGCGGCGGCCGAGGGCGCUCCCGGGCAGCGGCUCCGGCGGCGCCUCCGCUGCGCCGCGUCCCGCGCUCCCCCUGCCCGCCGGGGCCGCGGCGGGGGCGGCCGGGCUGCGCUGCGCUGCGCUCCGCCCCGCCGUGCGGGGGUGUCUGGGCGCCCGGGAGCAGCACGGCUGCUGCAGUGCCGCGGCGGCCGAGCGGAGCGGCUGAGCUGAGGGUGCCGCGGGGGCUCCUCGGAGGGAGGAGGAGAGGAGGGCGCGGGGUCGCGGGUGCCGACGGCACUGAGAGGCUGCCGGGAGCGGGACCAUGUCGCUGCAGAGCCCGCCGGCUGCCGCCGAGCUGCCCCCCGGUCCCGGCGAGGGGCAUCCGCCGGGAGCGGAGCUGAGCCAGGGCAGCGCCGCGGCCCCGUCAGCCGAGGAGGGUGGCGAGGAGGAGGAGGAAGAGGGAGAAGGGGAGAAGGAAAAAGAAAAAGAAAAGGAAAAGGACGGAGAGAAAUUGCCGCCCAUCCCGUCGGCGUCCACCGCGGCUGCUGGGGGGCUGGAGGAAGGAGCCAAAAAUCAGUUGUCCACUUUCAGCAAUCUCAUCACAACUAUCAACCAAAAGAAAGAAGGCAUCGGAAACAGAAAUUCGCCUACGCAACUUGUUAUACCCAACAUCAAAAAUGGGAGGGACCUACCGCCUCUUUGCCUCGAUGUACGGCAAAAGCAGCGCAUGUCCAUGGAUACAUUACCCCAAGAACUGAAAGCACCAGUUCCUCCUGAACCUUCCCUUCCAGUUCGAACCAAAACUGUGAAAGAUUUUCAGGAUGAUAUGGAAAAGUCGAAGGCAUCGGGAGAUUGGAAAGCUGUACAUAAUUUUUAUUCUACAACUUUUGAUUCUUUCUUGGAGAUAAAUGCUGCAUUUAAGAAAGAUACCAAUUCUCCAUUUAAUACCAUUGAGGACUCUGGAAUCGAUGCAAAAUUUGUGAAUGUUGUCUAUGAUGCCUUAUUAAAUACUCCUCAAGAUGUUCAGAAGUCAGUCCUAAAAGGAAUAAUUAAUGGUCUACUGCAAGAAUGGACAGGGCCACGAACAAAGGAUGAUCUUAGAGCAUAUUGUAUACUUUUACAGAAUCCUCAAUUUAGUAACACUUCUACUUAUGUCAUCUAUGCUCACUUGCUAAGACAGAUAGCAGCCUUAACAGAAGCUGACCAUCAUUUCCUAGUGCACUGGUCUAAAAAGAUUUCACAGAAGAGGUUCAAGCAGGUGGUGGACAGGUUACUGCAAUUUAUUUCUUUACGGCUGUUUCCUGCAAAACCUGAAGAGUUUCCACCUAUGGUCAAAUGUACCUGGUGGAUUCCAUCAGCAACAAAAGUCCUGGCUUUAUUUAAUGCUGCAAAUAGUCUGAUUAGCCCUCCUAUUAUUUCAUAUACAGAUUUCUAUAAUUCUACACUUGAUCAUAUUGAUCUUAUGGAAGAAUAUCAUAACUGGCAAUGCUAUGGGAAUUCUCACAGGUUUUCUUUCUGUCAAUACCCAUUUAUUAUUUCUAUAGCAGCAAAAAAAGUUAUUAUUCAAAGGGACUCAGAACAACAAAUGAUAAGUAUUGCACGGCAAAGCCUUGUGGAUAAAGUCUCUCGCAGACAGAAGCCUGAUAUGAAUAUGUUAUUCCUAAAUGUGAAAGUGAGGAGGACACACCUUGUUAGUGAUUCACUUGAUGAGCUAGCAAGGAAGAAGGCAGAUCUGAAAAAGAAGUUGAAAGUCACAUUUGUAGGAGAAGCUGGUCUUGAUAUGGGUGGCCUGACAAAAGAAUGGUUUCUGCUUUUGAUUCGGCAGAUUUUUCACCCAGAUUAUGGCAUGUUCACCUACCACAAGGACUCGCAGUGCCAUUGGUUCAGCAGCUUUAAAUGCGACAACUACUCAGAAUUCCGACUGGUUGGAGCCCUUAUGGGACUUGCUGUAUAUAACAGUAUCACCUUGGAUAUUCGUUUCCCACCUUGCUGUUACAAGAAAUUAUUGAGUCCUCCCAUUGUUCCCUGUGAUCAUAACACACUUGUAGGCAUCUGUGGUGUCACAUUAGAUGACCUGUUUCAGAUUAUGCCUGAAUUGGCGCAUGGACUAAGUGAACUUCUAUCCUAUGAAGGCAAUGUUGAAGAGGAUUUUUAUUCAACUUUUCAGGUUUUCCAGGAAGAAUUUGGUGUUAUAAAAUCUUACAACUUAAAGCCAAAUGGAGAUAAAAUUCCAGUCACAAAUCGGAAUAGGAAAGAAUAUGUGCAGCUCUAUGUUGAUUUUCUUCUCAAUAGAUCGAUCUACAAACAAUUUGCAGCUUUCUAUUAUGGAUUUCAUAGUGUCUGUGCUUCAUAUGCAUUACUGCUACUUCGUCCAGAGGAGGUUGAAAUUCUCGUCUGUGGCAGUCCUGAACUGGACAUGUCUGCUUUACAGAGAAGUACCCAGUAUGAGGGCUACCAAAAAACUGAUCUGACUAUACGAUACUUCUGGGAUGUAGUACUUGGAUUUUCUCUGGAUCUUCAAAAGAAGCUGCUACACUUUGCUACAGGAAGUGAUAGAGUACCUGUGGGAGGAAUGGCUGAUCUGAAUUUUAAGAUUUCAAGGAGUGAAACAUCCACUAAUUGGUUACCUGUGGCACAUACCUGCUUCAACCAGCUUUGUCUCCCUCCUUACAAGAACAAGAAGGAACUGAGGCAAAAGUUAAUAAUUGGAAUUUCAAAUGCAGAGGGGUUUGGUCUGGAAUAAAAUACUCCAAGAACAGCAUUUUUAUGUAGCAUUCACUCUCUUCUGAUUGUGCCUUUAAGCUUUUCAUUGUUAUGUCUCUUAAUACUGUGCCAGUUUUAUCGCAUUUAGAUAAUUUUUUUUAAUUAAAUAUGAAGUGUAUGUUUUUUUCCUGAAUGGCAAUAUAUUUGCUGCUUGCUUUGUCACAGAAGUAGCUUUCUUUGUACAAAAAGCUCAUCUGUUUGAUAAACCAAACCCAACUAAGGCAAUUCCCAAGUGUUAGGUUUUUCUUAAUAGCACUUUAUUAUUAAUCAUAAUUCCUUUACAUCAAGUUGUCCCACUGGGAGAAAAUACACAGAAUAUUUCUCUAUUGGUUAAUCCCAGUGGCAGAAAAAAUAUAACAUCAGCAUGUAGCUUUUUUUUUUUUUUUUUCACAAAGGCAAAUAGGAAUUUUAGUCUUUAUUAAAUGUAUGUAGUUGUAUUAUUCUGGUUUUCCUGCUUGGUGAAACCAGCUAAGAAGUAUGUAAAUAACUGCCUGUGAAGAAUAGGGUUUUGAUAGUGCCAUUUACUGCUAAAAAAAUAUUUUUUAUUAAUAAGAGGUUUUAGAUGUUGUAUAUUUAGCUUUUACACUUGACAGUACAAGAGUGUUAAAAGGUAUUUUUUCAGCUUGAGGGGAUUCAAGUUCAAGCUUACAAGUAUUAAGGAAUUUGUAUGUUCAUUCUUAACAGCAAACUAGCCAGAUCUACUGUAGCAUUAUAGUAAACAAAACUAGAUAUUUAAAAUAAAUUCCUCAUCUGGUGAAAUGCUUUAGGAAGAGAAUUAUAUCCACAACCCAGUGGAAAACUGGAUUGUGGAUAUAAUUCUAUACACUAUAUGAGUGGAAAACUGAUAUAGUGUAUUAGGGUAUCUUUUUUUUGCAGCAACUUUGUUGAAAGUCUUAAAUAAGCUGUGACAAAAGUGAACACAAUAACAUUUCUGAAGAAUGUUGCAAUUUUUAUUAACUUGGAGACCAGCAUUUUAAAAUAUUUUGUGUUUUUUGCUGCACAAACUCUGCGAAAAGAAUUCUUGGUAUGUCUGCUCUGAGUUAGUAAAUUACCAGCUGGGGAAGAAAUGGUUCUAAAAUACUGAAAGAAUUGUAAGUCUGGGUUUUAUUCAUUAAAUGGAAAGACUUUGUCAGCAUGUAUAGUGGUUUUAAAUAUGAACAGCUACUGUGUGUUCUGUAGAUUUUUCUUUCAGCUGAAUAAGGCCCAGAUCAUUUGAGACACUUUGGCAUCUAAUUUGUCAGCUUUCCCCAUUGACUUCUGCUGGGGCAUGGAUGCAUAUCUAUCUUGUAGUGUCUGUAUUCAAAUACUAUAUUAGUCUUCUUUCUUUCUCUGUAUUAUUUACAUGCAAUCAACAGAUUUACGAAGGAUUAACAAAUUAAUCUGUCUAAUUCAUGCUUUCAAAGCUGUUCUGGAUAUUCUUCAAUAGCUACAUGUAAAUUUUAUUUUUUUAUUUCUCUUUAAAUAGUUACUGGUGAUUUUACUGUUUUAUUAAGGCAGAGAUAAAUAUUAGGAUAUUUUAGAAUAUUUGACACAUAGUGCUGUCAUUGAAACCAGUAAUAAAAUUUCCAUCGGCUUUAGCCUGGAACUAUGCUCGGUUAGCACAAAGUGUGCUAAAAGCAGCACUGAAAAAUUCUGCAUUUUUUCAUUGUUUCUCCCAAAUAGAGAUUUUAAAAUGAAUUUUAACUUGCAGGAUUUCAGAUGUUGAGAUACAAAUUAAGCUUUCACUGUUGCACUGAAUGAACUAGCUAGCUGCAAGCAAUGUUAAUUUCUAACACCUGAAUGUGGAUGUAAGUAGGAAACCUGGAAACAAUGACCUACUGCCUUUCCUCUCUUUGUAGAAUUGGAUUCAUGAAAGGUUGGCUUAUGAAUAAAUAGCUAUACAGUUUAUCUGAAAACAUGGCAAAUUAGCCAAAAUAUUUUUUUAAGGCUUAAACCUGCUUUUAAUAACUAUUUAUCUACUAUUGUUAAAAUAAAAGCUUUAUCUUUUCUCCUUUUCACUGAAUUGCACUUUGCCUUCUGUUCAGUUUUAUUUAUUGAAGCUUUUUUUGAGAUAAUGUGUAAUAUUACCUCAGAAUUCUAAAAAUGCUAUUGUAUUUGCAUCGGUUUUUAAAUCAGAUUGUCAUUCAAAGACAUUUUAUAUAUUUCCUGAUGUUGAUAAAUUAAAUAGUAAAUUUUGUAUUUGUUAAAUGAAAGCAUUACACUGUAUUUAUGAAAUAAGCCUCUGAUAAUUUUAAAAAAUUUAUUCAAUGGUGAUUUGUUGUUCUUGUGUCUUGCCCUGUAACCCAGCAAAUCUUUUUUUAUCUCCAUCAUUGUUUUGUACUGUACAAAAGAAAUCUUGUUUGUAUAAACUUGUUCACUACUAAGUAUCUAUUUUUAUGUAUGAAAAUUGUCCAGUCAUUAAAUCAAAUAUUUCAAAUGC